AAAGACGAUGGGAUAAAGUAAGCCUUUCCGCACGGCGCGAGUGUCUAAGACUGAGGUAGGCUAACUAUAGGUAGUCUUUGGCAUAGUAUUCAAGAUGGAGUUAUAACGAUGGCUUGGGUUGUAGUUGUUGGCAGGUGCGGUGGGCGUGGGCUAUUACCCCUCACAGUGGAUUCCUAGCAGACUAAAUCUUCUACGAAGUACUCCGUACUCUACAACAUCAAUACCAAUCCAAUCGUUCAAUACGAAGGGUGGGGUAAAGCAUAGCGGGCGACCAUAAGGACAUCCCUAGGUACUUACAGAGCUAGGUAGGUGUAGGUACGUGCAUGCGACACUCAAGCCAGGCCGAAUGAGAUGUCCCCGCAGCUGUCAUCAGCUGCGCAAACGAAUCGAUUAGCCCUCCACUCCCACAAGAAAAUUAAUUUGCGGACUUCACCCGUCAAUUUUCAACCUGAGAACCAUCACCAACCGAAUUUCUCCAGACCAUCCACCGCAAAGUCGAGCCCAGCGACUUCAAGAUGGCCUCAAGACCGACCGUCACCAUCAUCGGCAAAGAUGGUUCUCCUUCGGGAGCUACCCACCCCAUUCCCACUGUCUUCGCCUCUCCCAUCCGACCCGACAUUGUUCAGCAAGUCCAUACCGGUAUGGCGAAGAACAAGCGCCAGCCCUAUGCUGUGAGCGAGAAGGCAGGCCACCAAACUUCGGCCGAAUCCUGGGGAACUGGUCGCGCUGUUGCCCGUAUUCCCCGUGUCUCUGGUGGUGGUACUCACCGUGCUGGUCAAGCUGCUUUCGGUAACAUGUGUCGUUCCGGUCGCAUGUUCGCCCCAACCAAGAUCUGGCGCAAGUGGCACAUUAAGAUCAACCAGGGACAGAAGCGAUUCGCUACUGCCUCUGCUCUUGCUGCCUCCGCCGUUGCCCCUCUUCUCCUGGCCCGUGGCCACCAGAUUUCAAACGUCCCUGAAGUUCCCCUGGUUGUUGACUCCGCCAUCUUCGAGGGAGGUGCUGCUGCCAAGACUGCCAACGCUUUCUCGAUCUUGUCUGCUGUCGGUGCCUCUGCCGAUGUGAUUAAGUCCAAGAAAUCCAAGAAGCUACGCGCCGGAAAGGGCAAGCUUCGAGGCCGUCGUCACCGCCAACGACGUGGUCCCCUCGUCAUCUACGACCCCGAAGUCGACGGUACCGAGCUCGUAAAGGGCACCCGCAACUUGCCGGGUGUCGAAACCUGCUCUGUCUACGCCCUCAACCUUCUCCAGCUGGCUCCUGGUGGUCACCUGGGACGAUUUAUUGUUUGGACCUCGGCUGCCUUCAAGGCUCUUGACAGCAUCUACGGCACUACCACCACACCUUCUGAGCUCAAGAAGGACUUCCUAUUGCCUUCCAACGUUGUUUCGCAGGCUGAUCUGAGCCGUUUGAUCAACAGCUCCGAAAUUCAGAGCGUACUGAAUGCCCCCAAGGGUAGCUCGCUGACCAAGCGCUCUGGCAUUCAAAAGAACCCUCUGCGCAACAAGCAGGUUAUGCUGCGCUUCAACCCUUACCACUCGACAUUCGUUAAGAAGGAACUUGGCCAGCAGAAGAAGGAGGCUGCCAAGCCCCCCAAGACCCCUGAGGCCUUCCUCAGUGUUUUGAAGGAGGACUAAGUCAGACUAGCUUGGUGAGCAGCUUGUCUCAAAAUCCGGUUAAGAGAGCAUUGGGUUGCAAUUGUCAUGGGCGUAAUGGGUUCAUAGGGUCUCGUGAAUCAAUGGAAUUGUCAUUAUGAUCAUAUUUCCGCCCUAAAUUCUGUUCCUCACAAACGUCUAAAUGCUGUAUUCGGUGACUCGCUGCAUUACCUGUAUUUCUCAUCAGUAAAAGGCAACAACACUGGAUGAGUAUGAAGCGUGACGUUGCUUAGUAACAACAUUAGACAAAGCAUUACUUAUUAAGUAGCCUUAGCUACUUCCAACUUUUGCCCGUUGUAGCGUUUGCACUU